AUGUCAUCCGAAGAACAGAGGGCAGACCCGGACGCCGAUGACCGGUAUGAGGAGUCUCCGGAACCUCAGCCGGAGAGCGUCCCAGCACGGUCCGCCACAGCCGCCAGCCAUGCAUCGAGGAAGCCGGCCCCGAAGCAAAAGCUUACGGAUAGACUGGGCCUCGACGUGCCGACCGUUCUCAUGAUGUUCAAGGGCUCAUUGCCGCCCAUCAUCGGCAUCGCCAUCUACCAAUCACCACCUGUCGCGCAGUAUUUCACCACGCUAGGCUACCUUGUGGCCAUCAUUUCAGUGCUCGCCUUUGCCAUCCUACCGAGAGGCAAGUAUCUGCAGAAUCUUGUCCUCAAUGUCUCCGGAAUCCUCAUCGGAGCCGCCAUCUCCAUGCUGGCGCUGUGGUCCGGUGUUCAGGCCAGGCGCAACACAGCCUCGGCCGACGAGUUGGCCUCUGGUUUACCCGUCUACAACUCGAGUCAAUCGGCAGUCUGUGGCAUCUGGCUCUUCUUCAACAUCUGGAUAUCCAACACGCUGCGAGCCAAGUACCCGGCGACGAACCUUCCCGUCAUGAUCUACUCCAUCUUCAUGAACGUCGCCUGCACGUUUGGCCCCCUGAUGGUGACAACCGCCGCGGCCGAGUCGUUCGUUAAGCGCCUCCUAGUCGCCAUGCUCGCCGCCAUGGGUAUCGCCACAGGCGUAUCCCUUCUUGUCUUUCCUGUCUCCAGCCGACAGGUCGUGAGUGGCGAGUUCAAGGGGGUGAUUGGGCUCGUUCGCAAGUCGAUGCGGCUGCAAUUGAACUAUCUUCAGACGCUGUCGAGUCCCGACAUGUUGGAGCGGCACCAGACCAAGGGCAGCAACGUGUUCAAGAAGAAAAAGAACAAAGGCCCGGAACUCACCCAUGAGGCCAAAGCUGCGGGCGAGCUCAAGGCCACGACCUUGGCAAUCGCGGCUCUCUUCGGGAAGAUGCACGGCGAUAUCCUGUUUGCCAAGCGGGAUAUCGCCUACGGGAAGCUUGACUCCAAGGAUAUCGGCGAAAUCUACAACCGUCUGCGGAGCGUCAUGAUCCCUCUGAACGGGAUCAGCACCAUCGUCGAUAUUUUCCGCCGCGCGUCUGAGGAACACGGAUGGGGUGCCAACGCUGGCACACGAGGCGAUUCUGAGGUCGAGAGGAGCCGGGAGAAGAAGGUCUGGAACGACAUCAUGGAGCAGCUGUGCGAGCCGUUCGAGAUUCUCGUCGAGGCAAUGGACCAGGGGCUCAACCACGCCUCUAUCGUCCUCGAACUUGUGCCGAGGCCGAAGAAGACCAAGACCGAUGACGUCGAAAACGAAGCCGGGACGAAGGCCGACGCGAAGCCGGGAGACGUCGGCUUCUCAGAGCUGCUCGCCAAGAGGGUGCAAGACUUCAACGGCAAGAGGGGUGUGAUGCUCAAGGCCUGGUUGCGAGAGAGACGGCAUGUGACGGAGCAGGAGCUGCAGGAUCUGAACCUGAAAAGGCUGGAGACGAGGAUGCGGGAGCGCGACCAGACGCAGCUUUAUGUGAUGCUGUACAUGGAGAAGCUCAUGCUUGCCCUCGGCGAGGCGGUGCAGGAUCUCGUCAUGUUCGCCGACUCCAAGGUUGCCGACGGCACGAUGGGUCGGAAGCGCCUCAUCAUCCCCUCGCAGAAACGAAUCAAGAAGUGGUUCAAGGGCAUCGGCAGCACCGAAGACGCGUCACCAGAACAGACACCCGACAUCGCCGAGAUGGGAGCCAACAUCGUGUACGCAGGCGAUGGAUACAACAAGAAGAAAGACCCCGAGCAUCUUCCGGCCCGCACCGCAUGGGAGCACUUUGGCAAUUACCUGAGGCAGUUUUCGGGCUUCGUGGGAUCGGGAGAAUCCAUGUUCGGUUUCCGCGUGAGCAUAGCCACCAUGACGAUCGGCAUCACCGCGUUCCUCCAAAGCACGCAGACAUUCUUCAACGAACAGCGGCUGGUCUGGGCGAUGAUCAUGAUCGCCAUCGGGAUGACCAUCACAGCGGGCCAAUCCAUCUUCGGCUUCGUGUGUCGUGUUGGCGGAACAUGCGUGGCCGUCAUCUUCUCUUACAUCAUCUGGUACAUCGUCGUCGGGCACACUGCCGGAGUCAUCGUCAUCCUCUGGCUCUUCAUUUUUGUGGAACAGUACUUUAUUCUGAAGUAUCCUCGUUUCAUGCCCGUCUGGCUCGUCACCAUCAUCACUCAGGUCCUCAUCAUCGGCUAUGAGCUGCAGGUCCAGAAGAUCGGCGAAGCGGCGGCGGCCGCGACCGGACAGCCGUACUAUCCCACCUACCUCCUGGCACCCUACCGUCUUGCUUGUGUAGCCGCUGGCUGCGCCGUCGCUUUUAUCUGGACCAUCUUCCCCGCGCCCAUGACGGACCGGAGAUGGCUCCGACGCGACCUGAGCGCCUCACUGUACCUUCUUGCCAACUACUUCAGCGUGGUAACCGAAACGAUCAAGGCCAGGAUGGAAGAGACCGACGGCGAUAUCAAGAAACCCGGCACGCCCGCCCACAAGAUGGAGAAGGAGAGAAGCCGGAUCCUGGGCAAGCUUCUGUUGCUGCUCCCUAGUCUGGAUAGCCACGCCCAAUGGCAGAAAUGGGAACCAGAUAUCGGUGGCAAGUUCCCGCGGGCAACCUACGAGGACGUCAUCAGACGCUCAACCAGUAUCAUGCGAUACCUCACGCUGAUUUCCUAUACCAUCACGUGGAAGCCCCGUGACCUGCCCUCGACCCCUUCGUCGGAGAGCGACCGACAGUGGCUUCGUGCGUUGAAUCAGGUCCUCGCCAGCAUCGAGCCAACGCAACAUACCAUUCUAUCCACCCUCACCCUCUUGUCCAACUCCCUGCUUUCUGGCCAGUCUCUUCCGCCAUUUAUGCACCUCCCGCGCCCCAACGAACUCACCCGGAGAUUGCUGCACCUCCGCGGACCGACACCGGAUCAAGCCAUUCAACGGCGGGGCAGCGAGCUCGAGCACAGACUGGUCACCGUACACACCAGGACCGGGACCGAGGUUCGGCCGUCAGGGCAGACACCCAGCGUCUUCGAGUCCUCAGAAAGCCCCGAGCUGGCGGAGAUGAUGAGCUCGCUCGGAAACGGAAGCAUCCUGGACGUGAGAAAUGUGGAACAGCAGGGAUACACCGAGUUUGCCGUGCUGCAGGUCUGCAGCUCGCUCGUGUGCGAUGAUCUGGAGGGCUUAGUACGCUCCAUUAGCAGCUUGGUUGGUGUUGUGGACUUCAGCUUCAGGAUUAAUCCAAGCGAGACCACCUUGACGAGUAGCGAAGACGAUACCGGAGACAAAGGCAAAAGAGAUUGA